AUGUUCAGACGCUCAUUUUCCUCGAAGAGCCGGGCGGGCAAGACCGUCAAGGCUAGCAAGAAGAAGUACGACGAACAGGUUAAGGAGAAGAUGCAGCAGAAGGUGGACGACAGAGCAGAUAAUCCACCCGCGGGAAGGUGUGCUCUCACCAGUCCCAUUAUUACUAUCGUGGUGGGCCGAGAGCAGCGUCUGUUCGCCGCCCACGAGGAUGUCUUGUCCAUCUCGCCGUACUUUCGCGAUGCUCUUAAGGAGAAGUCGGGGGAAGACGGCCCGAAGCAACUGGCUCUACCUGACGAGGAACCUGAAAUCCUGUCCUGCAUUCUCGAGUUCUUAUACAAAGGCGAUUACUACCCACGCUUGCUUCACGGCAAGCGUCGAGACUCUUGGUACCUCGAGAAUGCUCAGGAUAUUGACCACAGCGGUCGCGGCUCGAGCGAAGCGACGUUCUUCCACCCAGUUGUGGAAGGCGUUGUACUCCGAGACACUGUGGUGUACUGCUCUGCCGAGAAAUACGGUCUGGAAGAAUUGAAGCGCAUUUGUCUUCGAAAGCAAGGCCUUCAAAUCGGUAUUCCAGCCGAUGUGAUCUUACGAUCUGCUCGGUACGCGUAUGACAACACUCCUGACUCGGAGUCUCGAAUGCGCGCUCAUUACCUUUCUCUCAUCAUCCGAAGUCGGAAGACUUUCAAGAGAAGCGGGACCAUGCAGAUGGAAAUGGAGGUCGGUGGCAAGUUAUUUUUUGAUCUGUUUGUGGCAAUGUGCAAUCACAUGGAUGACCUCGCGGAGAUCCGCGCCAAGCGAACCCCGAGGCUGUUCUAGCCGGUCGUCCACAUUGCCUUU